CCCAUUUCCCCAUUUUCAUCUACGCCAGCGUCUUGUUUUCCACUUCUGUCCGCCCUGUCCUGCACGCACGCACUCACAUCGACUGACUGACCUGUCUCCGGCGUCCCGGCCUUUCGACUGCUCUUGGCUGCUUGCCUGACUCUUUACGCGAGUAGGACUGGAAUCCCGUUGGAACCCAUCCAAGCCAUGAUCUUCAUAUAGCAUCUGGCUUGGAUCUGUCGCCCGUCGCCCUGGUCAUUCUACUACUCGCACAAGAGCCCCCAAUGCACCUUGAGUAGGAUCGAGGCCACGCCAGGACCCGUCUUGUCUACAGCGACUUGUGAAGGACUGAGUUAAAUGGCAGGGAAGCAAAACGCUACGACCACUAUGAAGUUGCGAGUACCGCCAGUCGACGUCUUUGCGGUGCGUGAAGACCAAGACGGACGACAGCACGAAUUCAUCGACCAGACAUUCAAAUUCAGCAGCGCGUAUCUGUCGUCAGAAACAGUUUGUUUCCGUCUCGCCGUCACUGUCAGAGAUGGCGAUCACAACGACACUCUGAUCUACCUUCAAGUCACUCCCGACCAUCUCGAUUCGCUGCGCUUUGAGCCGUGCACAAAAAGGAACGGAAGCCCGCCACACUUAGACAGCGUGCGUCGGCGACUGGGCGGCAAGGGCGACCUAACUCGCCUUCAGUUCCGGCUGCGUAGUGGUAUCUAUGCACAGCUUAUUGUGUCGAAUGAUUCCCCUGACUACGAGGCUCUCGUCAGCCCGGCUCGGCAUACUCUUGACCUCGUCGCGUCGGUUGCGGCCUCUUCGUCGUUCUCCCUAUACCUCCCGGCCAACCAAUUGUCGAAGCAGCUGCUCAAAGCUUGCGUCGAGGCUGUUGAGCGUUCUUCGGUAUUGACACAAGAAGAGCUUCGCUCAUAUCAACGUGCGGUGGAUCUGCAGAGGUUAUACCGUGGCAAAGGUGGCAAAGUGCUCGCCACCAAGGAUUAUGAUGGUAUAUCUCGGCCAGAGACCGAUUCAUGUGCCACGACGGUGGACUUCGACAUUGUCCCGCGUCAUCAAGGCCCACCUCCGCUGUACGGCGAAUGCAUUAACGAGGGGGAGAAACCCAGGGCGAUCUCACACGAUGCGGGCAAGUUCCUCGAAAGCUCCCUGGUUGAUUGUGCACCGCCGGAGUACAGCGAUACCGAACAGUCGCGCAAUGUGUCGAUCGCUUCCAAACGCGUACGACAAUGCGGGGAUGAGGACGUUCUCCUGCACCCAAGCUCCAAAAGGGUGCAUCCACAAGGUUCCUUUACCACGAUACCUGAGACGGCUUCGACGAGAAACGCUCCAGGCCUUGAAGCAAAGCCGAGACCUGAAUUUGACGAUGCGGACGACGAUCGCAACAUGCUGCUGCGCAACUUGAUGCGUCGGCUUGAACAGCAAGAACAACAGAUGAAGCAGCUACGGCAAGAACAACAAACCGAGCAGCUACGGCAAGAACAUCAGAUCAAGCAACUGCAAGUUGAAGUGGGAAAACUGCGGAGGCAGAAUGCGGAUCUUGAGGGACGUUUUAGUAAGGUGGAGGAUAUCUGUGAUAAUCUGGAGCAUCGACAAGGCCUGGUCAAGGAGGACUUCGAGAACCUUGACGUUCACAUUGGUGAGCUGGAAGAGUUUUGCGAAAAGCUUGAGAAGCAAAUGCCACAUAUCUCGGACGAAUUGGAGGACUUGGUGAGGGACAAAAUAAGCGACAUGUUAGAAGAGCACAUGGGCGACUUGGUGAAAAGGCAUGCGAGUGACUUGGUUGGCGAGUAUAUAGACAAAGGGGGUGGAGGGAAUCUGUCUGGGCCGUUGAGAGAGUAUGUGCGUAAGAAUGUCACGAUUCAGAUGGCCAAAAUGAAGGCGAAAAUGUGUGAGGUUUUACAAGAGUAGAGAAUACUACUGUUCUGGCACAUGCAAAAAUGUAUGGCAUUGGUUUGGUGUUUCG